UAUUCGGCUUAUUACUUCGAUUAUUCAUUACAUAAGUAGUUUAUUAAAUUUUUAUAUAAAUAUACACACUUCUAAUACGUGAAUUAUAAUAUUCAAGAGUUUUUAUAAUCAUGAUGAAAGAAGGAACACAGAUUAUUUUGAUCUUGAAUAUGUGUUUUUUAUUUGUACGCACAAAUGACACGGGUGUCCAAUAUUACACCAAUAAAUGGCUAGUGCAUGUACCUCUGGGAGAAGAAGUAGCUAAAGAAGUAGCGCGAAAUAAUAAUAUGAAAUACGAUGGACCGGAUUUCCAUAAUGAUGGUUUUCAUUAUAUGGUCAAAACCGAUUUUCCUGACAAAAUAUUCAAUCACAAUGAACACAUUACGAACCAAUUAAAUAACCACGACUUUAUAACUAUUGCAACUCAAGAAGCUGUGAAAGCAAGAUCUUAUAGAAGUGUUGUUCAACCUAGACAUGUAGUUCCACGAAGAAAAAAUAACGCUGAAAAGGAAAUUCCUAUCGUAGAAGAUAUUCCGAUAGAAGGAGAAAGUAACUAUAAAUAUGCGUUUAAUGAUGAAAAAUGGCCAGAGAUGUGGUACUUGCAAGAUUUCCGAACUAACUCCACUCAGAUCGUGCUUGAUAUGAAUACUGUACCGAUCUAUUUUGAAUUUAAUAUCACUGGGACAGGAGUGAAUGUUACUGUGCCGGACGAUGGAUUAGAAUAUACACACCCAGAAAUAAAAGAAAAUUUUAAUCCUGACUUAAGUUGGAAUUAUAUUAAUAAUGACGCUAAUAUUAUGCCAUCUAGAGAUGGUAGUGGAGGUUUUAGAUCUCAUGGAACUAGAUGUGCUGGAGAAAUUGUCAUGAAACCAAAUAAUAGAUUAUGUGGAGUAGGAAUAGCCUAUGGAGUUAGCAUCGGAGGUAUAAAGUUUUUAGAUGAUGCAUCAACAGAUGCUAGAGAAGCUAAAGUAUUGAAACAUGCUCUUGAAUAUACAUGUAUUUAUAGUAAUUCGUGGGGUCCCGCGGAUACCGGAAUGGUGAUGGAACACUUGUCCCCUAUAGUUCAAAAAUCGCUUUCAAGAGGCAUACAUGAAGGUCGAAAUGGUAAAGGAGUAAUUUAUGUGUUCGCUGCUGGAAAUGGAAAAGCAGAUGGUGAUAACUGUGCUUGUGACGGCUACGUAAACUCCAUUUAUACUAUAGUUAUAACUAGUUGUGAUGAUAGUGGUCAUGUAACUUAUUAUUCUGAAAGAUGUAAUGCCAUCUUGGGAACAGCAUAUAGCGGUUCUGGACUUCAGAAGAAUGUGUUGACUUCUGACGUGGGAUGGAAAUGUACUGACAGUCAUACAGGGACGUCUGCAGCGGCACCAUUGGUGUCAGGUGUUAUAGCUUUGGCUUUAUCAGCUAAUCCGGAAUUGACAUGGAGAGAUAUUGUCCAUUUAAUAGCGUGGACUUCUCAAGUGGCUCCGUUGAGUGAUAACUUCGGAUGGAAUCGAAACUGGGCAGGAUUCUAUUAUUCCAUGGAUUUUGGAUUUGGAUUAGUGAACGCUUAUCAAUUAGUUACUUUAGCUAAAACGUGGACAAAUGUGCCUGAAAUGGUAUCAUGUGGUAUACGUAUGCCUAAUGUGAGGGACACAACUGUAACAAGAAAUAAUGCUGUACGUAUAACUGUGUAUUCAGAUGGCUGUGAAGGAUUGUCCGGACAUGUACGGUAUAUGGAAUACGUACAACUAGUAGUAACAAUGACUUACCCAAAAAGAGGAGAUAUUCAAAUAGCGAUGAAAUCACCUUUGGGAACGGAAUGCCACGUGUUAGAAAGUCGACCAAAAGAUUUUAGUAGAGGUGGAUUGAAUAGGUGGACUUUUUCAGUACUAGCUUUUUGGGGAGAGUCUCCUAAAGGGAAUUUCACCAUUGAUAUUUUUGAUACGACCGGAGUUUCAUCUAAUAGUGGUAAGAUUCAAGAAAUGACAUUAUCUAUACAUGGAACUAAAUAUCCACCGAAGAUCUACGAAAAUGGUCCUCGUCCAUACGAUGCAUUUGAACUAGCAAAACCAGGUGAUGAACCAAGAUUUGUUAAUCUUUACGAUAAGUCAGUAAAAAGUAUACAAAUACAUGAAGGUAACGAUGAACGAAAUCAAGUUUCUGACGUGACUAAUAUACCAAUUCAAAAUCAGGACGAUGAAUUCAAACGAGGCGCUGAAAAUUUCAAUGAAAUAAAUAAAAAUAUACAAGAUUUAAUCAUAAAUAUUGAACAAGAAGUUGAUAAGGAAGAACAAUUAGUUUUACCAAGUAUUAUAUCAAAUAUAAUGCAUUCAUUUGCAAAUAACUUUGUACGAUUUUAGAAUUCAAAAAUCAAAUUAUGUUUAAAAGCAGUGAAAAUGAUUAUCAAUGGAUAAAUUAAUAUACUUACAACAUUCACAAAUCAUAUAUUUUAUUUCUUAAAUUUAUUAAUUUAUCUUAAAAUUUUAAGUAACUCAUAAUUAGUAACUUAUGGUUAAGAUAGUUUUAUAGUAGCGUUUCAUAAACAAUGGUCCACGACCCUUUAGGGGUCUGCGUAUACACCGAAGGAGAUUCAGUGAAAGUAAACUAAAAAAAUAUUAUGUUUAAAAACGAAAAUACCAAUGUAAUAUUCAUACUAUAGAAGAAAUAUACUUUUAAAUAUAAGGAAAAAUAUGCUUUUUAAA